AUGAAUAAGCUGCUCAUCGUAUUUGCUCUAGUCGGGGUGAUAAUCGCCGCUCCCUCGCAGGUUACUGAAUUAAACACCGAUGACGUUGUAGUGAACUGUGUUUCCCAAUAUCAGGACCUAAUCCAGUCAAUCCAGACGGAACUUCGUGACGAUCUGGUCGCUUUCGUUGCUGAUACGCGCCAAACUUUCAGCUAUCUGCUUCAACGUCGACAACGCUGUGACGAUCUACCGCGAGAUGAUCCUCCAACGCGGCUGCAGGAACUGGCUAUUGCAGCUUGCUUUAACAACUGGCGGUUGACUGUGGCCGUCGAGGUGACACGACUUACGGCUGCCUUCGGACAGCAUGUUCUCAACGCACGGGAGCUGAUUGUUGACUUUGCCGAAUGCGUGGGUGUUAAUGUGCCACGUCCCGAGGAACCAGCGGAACCAGAGGUACCGGAGGUACCAGAGGAACCUGUGGAACCUGAAGAGCCAGUGGAACCAGAGGGGCCAGUGGAACCAGAGGAGCCAGUGGAACCAGAGGAACCAGUGGAGCCAGCUGAACCAGAGGCGGAAGUUUGA